CUUGGAGUUUUAUACUCUUUGAUUUGGUAUAGCUCUAGAUAGAUGAGCUAAUUAAGUUCGGUUGCGUUAUGGGGUGGUGUUAAGUUUUCCCAAUUUUCUCUUAAUUAGUCUUUUAACCUGGCUAUACAGCAAGAAAAGAAAGAAUGGGAGAUCCAAUAAUUACUAUAUGUUGGCUCUUCGCGAUUUUAGAAUCAUUCACUUUUGUCAGUGUUGCACUCGGUGGUAGCCCUAGGAUCCAAGGCAGAGGCCAGCCAGACAGUCACCGGACGGUAGUAAAAUCGGCUAACUCUAAGCCGUGGGAUAACGUUUUCACAAAGCCUGAUCAACAAGUUAAACAAGACAAUUUUACAUAUAAAAUAUUCUGGGGUCUUGCUUGUAAUUGCUCAAAUCUAGGCAUAGACCUGGGGCUAGAAAAGUGGGGAAUAUCAGCAAACCAGGACACCUCUAAUGAACACGGUGAGGCUUUCACUGCUUUUCAUAGAAACGAUUUUAAUUAUCCAUACAUUGAUGAUGACACCGGUGUGUUUGUGAACGGCGGGCUGCCACAGGCAAAUAUCCUAAACAUAUAUUUAGAGAAAGCAACCCAGGAUAUCAAGCACUACAUACCAAGCCCAGAGUUCAAUGGACUAGCAGUCGUUGACUGGGAAAAGUGGCGCCCUCACUUGGACCAGAACGCUGGUGUCCGAACAUCUUACAAAGCGGCAUCGAUGAAAGUGGUCAAACAGCGUCACCCACACUGGGACAAUGGGACCAUUGAGACAGUAGCCACUGUUGAAUUUGAAGAGGCAGCACAGGGCUUGAUGCAAGGGGUGUUGCAUCUUGGGAAAAAGCUUCGGCCUAAGGCAACAUGGGGCUUCUAUCAUUAUCCAUACUGUGAUAAUAAAAACAAAACGACAGAUUAUGCCUGUGCACUAAGUAACAUUGAAAGCAACGAUAAAAUGAUGUGGUUGUUUGAUGAAAGCAGCGCCCUCUUCCCAUCCAUAUACCUCCGCCCGUACGUUGAAGAUAACUAUCAUUUUGUAGAAGCCAGGCUACAAGAGACUCUUCGAGUACUGGAAACUUUGGAGGAACCAGGAAAACCAGUUUACGUGUAUAAUCGUUUCAACUACUCUCAUUCUAGCUUCUAUUACAACAUAGGUGAUAUACAGAUGAGUAUGAGAAAAGCAGCAUCCCUAUCAUUUGAUGGUAUCGUUAUUUGGGGUAGUUUCACCUCCCUCAAUAACAAUGCAUCCUGCCUUCAUCUAAAACAACUGCUUGCGUCAAUUUACGGACCAACAUUGCUCAACACAAAGACUCAAGCGGAGGGUUGCAGUCGUGAGAUGUGCUCAGGUUAUGGCAGGUGUCUUCUGAAUGAUUCAAAAGUUAGAAAGACACCAAAAGAGGCACUUUGGAAAUGGCAGAACAUGGAGUUUAUCCGCUGCAGAUGUAUAACUGGUUGGAUCGGUAAGGAUUGUUCAACAAAGUCCAAUAACAGUUAGAAAUUAUAUUUCGGCAUUCCAUAAGGGUUUAUCAUCCCGGGGAGGAUCCAGGAUUUGAAGCAAUGGGCUCAAAGUCUUUGCCAAAAAACAAAAAAAAUCAAAAGAAAAGGGUCUGGGCCUAUACCCCAGGAAAUUUGGAUACCUAGAUUGCUGGAAAUGAGCAUUCCCAACUUCUGAGGGGCCUUUUAAUGACUUAAAUUCUUCAAAAUUCAAGGUUCAUGCAGAUCAUGCUGGAAUUCAAAAUUGGAGGGGCCCACAAAUUAUGGGUCUAGACCACCAUGGUUGAGGGCUGGGGUAAGACAAUUAAUAAUUAUGGCACCUAUAGAUGACCAAAAAUUUGGAUAUAAAAGUAGGCAGGCCUAUUUGAAUCGGCCAACUGUAGAACAUUUUUUUUAAAUGUUUCAUCACAUAGAGAGGGUUUGCCCGAACC